CCAACUUCCGCCUAUCUUGCUCGCUGAUUUGAGAGCAGUGACAAUGGCGUCAAUUCUGACCUACACUUUGCCUUUAUGUUUCAAAUGAUCUGAUCGGAGAGCAGCAUGUACACGCUUGAGUUCCGGUUUCGUUUAGGUCACAUUUUCUAAACUUAUAGGUCCAAAAAGAUGUCGCUCAGUGUUUUGUUUCGCCGUCUGGGCUGCAGGCGGUUUGGCUGUGAUGUUAAAGUUUUACAAAACGUCAGAUUUAUUUACCGUCUCGUACGGAGAGACAUUGGGCCGACGCGCACGCUGUCACCACCGCCGCCGGGCGACGUCUGCUGCCGGGUGAAUGAGAGGGCGUGGCACUCCUGCCUAGCAACAAGAUGUCAACAUCCGCAGAGGUCCAAGCACUUUUCCACACUUCCUCCACCACCUUCGUCGCGGGGCAAAUCCAAGAAGUCUGGGCCUGUCACGUGGAAAUCUUUAGCGGUAACGUUCACCAUUGGGGGAGCUCUGCUCGGCGGGAUGAAAUACUUCAAGAUCGAAAAAGAAGAAAUGAUCGAGAAAGAGCGUAACAAGUCAAUGGGACGUCCUGCGCUGGGUGGCCCGUUCUCAUUGGUGGACCACAAAAGGAAGUUGGUGAGCAGUGACGACUUCCUGGGCCAGUGGGUGCUCAUCUACUUCGGCUUCACGCAUUGUCCUGAUAUCUGCCCUGACGAGCUGGAGAAGAUGAUGGAAGUGGUGGACGAAAUCGACAAAAUCAAGUCUCUGCCCAAGCUGACACCAAUCCUCAUUACCAUCGACCCUGACAGGGACACGCCAGAGGCCAUGGCGGCAUAUGUCAAAGAGUUUUCUCCAAAGCUGAUUGGCCUGACAGGGACGACGGCUCAAGUAGAGCAAGUGUCUCGAGCUUACAGAGUUUACUACAGUCAAGGACCCAAAGACGAAGACAACGACUACAUCGUGGACCACACCAUCAUCAUGUACCUGGUUGGACCCGACGGACACUUUGUUGACUAUUUUGGUCAGAACAAAAGAAACGUGGAGAUCUCCAGUGCCAUCGCGGCUCACAUGAGGAAGUACAAGACAAAGAAAUGAUUGGAUGCCAGACGGGAGAAACAAACACCUGAAUAAACAAAACAAUUUGAAACAAAAGUGGGUAGAUUGUUGGUUUGAAAAUGAAAACAUAUUUUUCACAUUCCCAGCAUACUUGUCAAAUAGUUCGCUUUUGUCCAACUUCGUGUAAAGACCCUAUUGAUUUUGAGGCCUUACAUAUGUCUGACAAUGUUCUUUGUGAGAUUUUAUUCAAAUUUUAAAAGACUUUCUGAGCGAGAACACUUGUUGUUUUUUUAAUACAGCGGUACCUUUAUUUACAAGUUUUUCGAGUUACGAGAUGUUGCUCGGAUAAAAUAUUUUAUUGCGAGCCAAAAUUUGAGUUACGAGUGAGCUUUAGCUGCAGAGAACGGCACAACACUUGCCUUGCAUCCCGCGUCUCACUCACAUUUUGAGAUUAUCUGAAUCUGAAAAACAUCCGUUCCUCAUUGCUAAACUGUUCUGUGACCAAGCUCAUAACUCAAUUUACUUCUAUAGCAAAUAAAUUUUCCCCAUUGAAAUUAAUUUAAAGGUCAUUGAUCCGUCAUCAACCCUGCCUCCCAAAUAAAACACCCUGGAAUUUUUAUUACAAAAAAUAGCACUGUGUUGUAUAAAAACAUAUUAAAGUAUCAUUAUUUUACGUACUGUA